UAGAUUUAGACGCCUGUCGCACUGCACUUUCUCGUUAAAGUAAUUGUUUUAAAAUGGAUUGGCCUGUCUCUCAUUUACACCAAGCCCUAGUGUAGUUUUAUCCUAGUAUAAAGGGGCCUUAAUGCAGGUGUACCUGUAAUUUAGUCCCAUAUUAAGGCCCUUUUACAUGGCUGGUGUAAGUGAGAAUCAGGUCCUUUGACAACGUAACUUGAUUAGAGGACAUCCUGGUUCUAAAUGCCGCGCCUGGGGAAGAUGGCGGCAGCUGUUGCAAGCUUUGCAUGCCUGGUGGUGCUCAGCAGCUUACAAGCUUACGAGGCCACAGAGGUGCCGCACAAUCAGGUGAAUGGGAUUGUCCAUGGCAAGGUGUAUCUAAACCCCAAACUGUCAGUCCCAGAGGAAUACAAGCAGAUCAUCUGGUGGUUCGAUGAGUCCUUAAAGAUCCUGACUAAAAAAUGGAAUCAUUCAGUGUCUUACCGCAAUGACAGUUUUCAUAAACGUCAUAAACUGAAUUACUAUGAGAAUCACACCCUGGAAAUUGACCAGCUGCAGAAGCAAGACAGCGGCAUCUUCCAGAUAGAUGUGGAGGACAACCAAAGCAAGACGACAAGUGAACGUAUCCAACUGAACAUGUACGACCGCAUCCCUAAGCCCAGAAUGAACGUCAUUAUCAGAGCCAACAAAGAUGGAUGGUGCAAUGUCACCCUGGACUGCAUUGUGAAUGCCAUCCAAGUGACGUACCGCUGGUACAAGAAUGAAAAGGAUUUUGUUGGCAAAAGUAGCAGCACACUGGACGAACAGUUAAAGUCAGAAAGUCCCGCAUCUUACAAAUGCGUCGUCAGCAACCCCGUCAGUGAAGAGACGGGCUUGGUCUAUUACAGAAGCCCUUGCACGUGGGAUGGUAACAUUCACUUUGCAUUCAUUUAUCUUGCUGCGUCUAUCUGGCUGUACAGGCUAGCUAUGCAGCCACUCUGGUUAGGUCUCAAUUGAAGCAGGGCAGCCGUGGUUUUGGUGACUUUUGAGUGAGAGUCUCGUUUGCUGUUCCCCAGUGUGUAUUUCCCCCCAUGGGGGACCCCAGAGCAGUCUUCUGCUGACCUGCCCUGGGCUGUGAGUUGCUGGUGACGCUGCAGCCACCGUGGUGCUAGAUUGGGAAUGCCAGGCUGUUGGGGGUGUUGUGUGUUGGAUGACGGAUCCUGGCCACGCGGCGUGAUGCUGCCCAGGGUUGGAAGGGCUGUGCGUGACUGUGACAAAGGAGAGCCGCCUGCUGAUGGGCUGUUGUUCAGGUGAUGGGCUGAGUCCUCAGGGGGUUGAGGCCAGGGCUUUGGAGCUAGAGGUUUCAGGGACAGUCCCUGGCGAUGGCCCGACCAAGGGGGUCCAUUAGAGGCACCAGUGCAGGGUGUGGUGUCUGCGUUAGCACAAGGCACAAAGUGAUGCAGCAGGGGGUAUAUGGGGGGUAGGGGGCAGAGCGCUCAGGCCAGGGACAGGGCUGCUUUCCCUGUGUUUUGCUGUGCAUCCUCUCCUUGCUCCCCUCUCCUUCGACCCCUGCUCAUCCUUGCCCCUAAAGUCUACCCCCUCCUGUGGGUUUUCCAUGGCAGGGGCGAGGCAGCCCAUUUGUAUUAUUGUUAAUAAAUAACUGGCAGGUUCUAUAAAUAACAGGCUCUUGUCUUGUUUCAGAGAAGAACUCAGCUGUGCCCUUGUCCCUGGCUCGGAAGACGGCCGAUUCCAUUCUGGCUUUUGGAUUUCUCCUCCUCGUCCAUAACUGGGUCUAAGGCUGCCAUUCUGGUGAAAGCCAAGAGAACACAAUGAUCUCCUCGAUUGCCUGCACUGGCCCGUUCCCGGGCAGACCUGGUGAAACACACAAG